AGGUAAAUAAGUGAACACAAAGCUUUUUCAACUAUUUUAAAAAUGUACACUACAACAAAACGGUUUCCUGCAUCGUGUCGUUUCUUCACUCAAGGACACUGUAGAGCUGGUCAAGAUUGUCAAUUUGCUCAUAUUUUACCCUUCAACGGUUCUCCCAAGAGUAAAGACCCAUCUCUCAAUGGAGAAGAAGAAGCUCCUUUAGGAGACUUGAACUCAAUUCAGAAAGCCAUUCGCAACUUGGAAUUAGACCAACUAGAAAAGAAAUAUGCUGCCUGCUUUCAAAAGACCACACAAAAGGACUUGAAUACCCUAAUUGACCUCAUUUUACCACUGGAAGACAAGGAAGACAUCAAAGUUCAACUCAUCAUUCCAUACAACUACCCAGAUACUCAAUGUACCCUCCAAAUUCAAAAUACCAACAUGACAUCACAGACAAAAAGCAAUAUCCAAGCUGCAUUUGAGGAUUAUGAAUGGCACCAGAUGCGUCAUAAAACUUUGGUUCAACAGCUGGACUGGUUAACCACACAUUUUAAUGCUCUUUAAUACACAUAUAUUUAAUUUUCUUCCUUUUUUUAUAUUUUUUUUAUAUUUAUUGAAUGAAGGCAUUUGUUUGUGCUUUCGCGCGCGUGAGGAAAGUGUGCGUAUGCGUCG